CUGGUAUCACCGCCCCGCAUCGUCCUGACCUCCGGGCGAGGCCCCCACACCAAUACCAUUCCGCCUGCGCCGGCCGGGAGCUAGCUCUGCUUGCUAGGCUGCUCUCUUUAUACGCGAACGCGGCGCGCCUGCCUUCGUUCCAGUCGCCCGCGCGCAUCGGCGCAUGCUCCGGCUUGGGCUUACCCGUCUAGGUUUAGCUCCGUCCCCCUUCCGCGCCGCGGUUCUUGCUGCUGGUUUCGUCGGCGCGCGAGAGAAGAUCGAUCUCCUUGUGAUUUGAUCUGAUCGGAUCGGAUCGGAUCGGUCGCGGGUUAAGCUAGCGUCGUCUUCGGUUCCGGCGUCUACUGCUCGUCUAUUAGCUGCCGCGUCGGGUCAGAUGACGAAGAUGGCGGUGGUGAAGGGGCGGAGGGAUGCUAGCAGCAGGCGGCGGCUGAGCGCCGGCGUGAGCGUGCGGCCGCGCGUCCAGGUGGACGCGAAGGUCGCGCCCGCGCCGACGCCGCUGCUCCAGCGGCUGCUCGCGGCGUGCCGCCGCGCGUUCCGGGGCCCCGGGACCGUGCCGGCGCCCGACGACGUCGCCCUCAUCAGAGGCAUCCUCGACAAGAUGGGACCAAAAGACGUGCACCUGAGCGCCGUCACCAAGGCCGCCGCCGAUUCCGGCGUCCAGAGACGGCGGCGUCCGAUCAUCACGCGCACCACCAUCCACGAGUGCACAAACUUCUCGAUCGUGGUCUUCCUCCUGCCCCCGGGCGCGGUCAUCCCGCUGCACGACCACCCGGGGAUGACGGUGUUCAGCAAGCUGCUCCACGGCUCGCUGCACGUCACCUCCUACGACUGGGCCGCCGCCGGCGCGGACUCCCAUGGUCGUCCGGCGGCGAGGCUGGCGAGGCUGGUGCUGGACGCCGACCUCCGCGCGCCGUGCGGCGCGCUGGUGCUGUUCCCGGAGUCCGGCGGGAACAUGCACCGGCUCGCCGCGGCCACGGCGUGCGCGGUCCUCGACGUGCUCGGCCCGCCCUACUCCGGCCACCGGGACUGCACCUACUACCGGGACCUCCCGUACUCCCAGCACCGCCUCCUUGCCCGCUGCGAAGAUGAUGGUGAGGCCGCCGCCGGCGACGACGACGUGCGUGCCGGUGCCGCCGCGGGUGAUGAUGAGCAUCGUCGGCGUCAGGGGGCGCGCCGCCGCCUGGGGUGGCUGCUGGAGACGGGCAGGCCCAAGGAGCUGGAGAUGUACGAGCUAGGUUGCCGCGCAGGGGAGCUGUAGCUCCAAUCCUAGCUACAGAAGCACCGGCGGGCCUGCUGACAGCAGAGAUCGAUCAGAUGGUGCAGCUAGUCGCGCAGAUGCAUGAGCUACAACCUACAAGCAAUUACUCUACGUGUCCUUCGUAAUUCGUUGGCUCGUUGCCAACAGCAGCUUCAGACUUUCAGUGUACGCAGCACAGACGACCUUCCGGCCGGUCUGCUUGUAAUUACGUGUUGGAAAGAUUGGUAUCCAUCGUGUGCGAACA